CCGUGCACCCGCGAUUCACUUGAUAGGGGGAGCCAUACAGAUAGCCCGACCAGAAGCGGCCUCUUUCAUGAACGGGACCAAAGUUGCAUGAACCUGCGAGACCGAAAUUUCUUGACACCUUUACUCUGAGAUAGGGGGCAACUGGGAAUUCCAUACUCAAGCGAUUCGGUCAUUCCACCUCCCGAUAUCCUCUCCCACACAGCAGGCGCCGUCAUCCCCUCUCGGGCCAGAUUCGCAUCGUCAUCCGCUCCGGAUCUUCCUUGUCGGUGGAUUCGGUCCGCGAUACAUCCUCCUGUCAAACUUCGACGAACCCCAUACCCAACCACAAAUCACGCGCCGGAACUUCCGGGCGACAGCAGGGCGAAGAUGGGGCAAACCAUGUCAUGGCUCGGUUCCUUGUCCAGCUUCUUUUCGUCAAAGAAGGAAAUCCGGAUUCUGAUUCUCGGACUGGACAACGCCGGCAAAACCACACUUCUCUACAGACUCAAGAUCGGCGAGGUAGUAACAACGAUACCAACGAUCGGGUUCAACGUAGAGUCCGUCACAUACAACAACCUCAACUUCAACGUGUGGGAUCUUGGUGGACAGACUAGCAUCAGGCCAUACUGGAGAUGCUACUAUGCCAACACGGCAGCGGUCAUCUUCGUGGUGGACUCGACCGAUAUCGAGCGGUUGCAGACAGCGGCGGAUGAGUUGGCGGCCAUGCUGAACGAGGAUGAGCUGAAGGAUGCCGCACUGUUGGUAUUUGCCAACAAGCAGGAUCAACCGGGUGCGAAGGGUGCGGCGGACAUCUCUCAGGCGCUCAGGCUUGGCGAGCUGAGGGACAGAAACUGGAGCAUCGUCCCUUGCAGUGCCGUUGAUGGCUCUGGUGUGGAAGAGGGAAUGAACUGGCUGUCGCAAACUGUAGCACAGGAUUAGAGUGCUGGUUGUUUGGCGCACAGCAGAUAUGAGAAAGGGGGGGGCUUUUGUACAACAAACACAUGAGCAUGCCCGCGAUUUACGAAUUUGUCGAAAGCAGACUUGGGUAUGUACAACCACGCGCGCACACACACACACGUACGGCGGAGAGCGGCGACUCGGGAGUUUUCUUGGGGGGGGGGGCGGACGAUGGCACGUUUAGCCCACAAGGGCCCGUGUGGAUGGAUGACAUACUAUGCGAUAGGCGCAGGGCUGCAUACGACAGGGGCGCCGUGGGCGGUAGGAGGUUUUUGGCACGUAUACAGGAACUUACACCAUUUAAUAACAUACAACCCUGUGGUGGGGUUUAAUAUUCUCGGGUUGA